GGGAGCUACAGCUGCAGCUACCGGCCCCGGUCCGAGCCCUUCAUCUCCUCGCAGCCCAGCGACCCCGUGCAGCUGGUGGUAGCAGAUCCCAGCUUACCGAGACCCUCCAUCUCCCUGAGCCUCACUUCGGUCACUGCCUCAGGGGCAGGCGCCACCAUCCGGUGUCAGGGGCAGCGCCGGGACGUGAGGUUCUUCCUGCACAAGGCUGGAGACCUGAACUUGCAGCGACAGAUGGACCCGGCUGGUGACGGGGCCGAGUUCCUCAUCCCCACCGUGGGCCGGCAGCACGGAGGGAGCUACAGCUGCAGCUACCGGCCCCGGUCAGAGCCCUUCGUCUCCUCGCAGCCCAGCGACACUGUGCAGCUGGUGGUAGCAGGCUGCUGGCUGGCCGGGCACAGCGGGGUGUGGGGAGAGCCCAGCUACCCCAAACCCAGCAUCUCCAUCAGCCCCAGGUGGGGGGUCUCCCUGGGGGGAGCCGUGACCGUCCGGUGUUGGGGGCAGCGCCAGGACAUGCGGUUCAUGCUGAAUAAAGAGGGACGCCAUUUCCCACCUGUGGAUUCAGAUGGGUUUGAGGCUGAGUUUUCCAGCAGCAAUGUGCGCCGGGAGUAUGGCGGGAGCUACAGCUGCUCCUAUCACAGCAGAUCGGAGCCGUUCACCAUGUCAUACCCCAGCGACCCCAUGGAGCUGGUGGUGAGAGAUCCCAGCUUACCCAGACCCAACAUCUCUCUGAGCCCCACCGGGGUCACUGCCCCAGGGGCAAACGUCACCAUCUGGUGUCAGGGGCCGCGCCGGGACAUGAGGUUCUUCCUGCACAAGGCUGGAGACCUGAACUUGCAGCGACAGAUGGACCCGGCUGGGGACGUGGCCGAGUUCCUCAUCCCCACCGUGGGCCAGCAGCACAGAGGGAGCUACAGCUGCAGCUACCGGCCCCAGUCAGAGCCCUUUGUCUCCUCGCAGCCCAGUGACACCGUGCAGCUGGUGGUAGCAGAGCCCAGCUACCCCAAACCCAGCAUCUUCCUGAGCCCCAGCGGGGGGGUCUCCCUGGGAGAAGCCGUGGCCAUCUGGUGUAAGGGGCAGCACCAGGGCGUGCGGUUCGUGCUGAAUAAAGAGGGACGUCAUUUCCCACCUGUGGAUUCGGACGGGUUAGGGGCUGUGUUUCCCAUCAGCAACGUGAGCCGGGAGGAUGGCGGGAGCUACAACUGCUCCUAUCACAGCCAAUCGGAGCCGUUCACCGUGUUGGACCCCAGCGACCCCGUGGAGCUGGUGGUGAGAGAUCCCGGCUUAUCCAGACCCUCCAUCUCCCUUAGCCCGGCUGGGGUCACCGCCCUAGGGGCAGACGUCACCAUCCAGUGUCAGGGACAGCGCCAGGAUGUGAGGUUCUUCCUGCACAAGGCUGGAGACCUGAACCCGCAGCGACACAUGGACCCUGCUGGGGCUGGGGCCAAGUUCCGCAUCCCCACCGUGGGCCAGCAGCACAGAGGGAGCUACAGCUGCAGCUACCGACCCCUAUCAAAGCCCUUCAUCUCCUCUCUGCUCCUAAUGUGA